GACCAUGUCAAGAAAAGAAAAGAAUACAGGAGAGAUAAGCAAUAGCUUCGCCGUGAACCACUAUUAAUACAACAAUAUGGUUUAGAUUGCGACGCUAGCUAAGCUCAUGCGCAGAAACACGUCAUCAGGUCCAACGGUCCAUCGAUAUAAAGUCAUUUUUGACGAAAAUUAAAACGUGUCAGUUUGAAGUUGGAAUUAUAACACAAUCAGCGACUUAAGACAUUGGCUCGAAUCUAAAGUUGUGCCUUCAGAAAUCGAGAAAAUUAACAAUUUAAGGAAGAAUCGUCCACUUCUCAAACCCCAGUCUGGUCCGUUGAGUCCACGGAGUGAAUCUUGGGAAGUAUCGCGAUGUUGGGCCCUCUAGGUUAGAAACUGUGGUAGUAGCUUCAAGACGAGAGGCGCCCCCCGUAUGUGUUUAUUAGCUAGCUAGCGUCUUACUAGCCUUUAGGCGCGUUACUGUGCACUAGCGUAGAACAACAAUAAUUUAUAUAGCUAAAUGAAUUAGCUCAACAAGAGGCGUGCCUACCGAGCACCAGACGAGUGAGAGAACUAGCAACUACGUGGUGGGAAGGCUAGCGAAACGGAGAGAAACAGUUCAGCUAACGUUAGCUUGCUAGUUCGGGGUUUCUUGAUCCACCGACCGUAUUUAGCUUGCUAAAAAGCUAGCUGCUGCUGGAGGCGCAACCGAUAACUGCUAGCUACUAGAGGGGAGGAAAUGAAGGACAAACAGAAGAGAAAGAAGGAACGCACGUGGGCUGAGGCGGCUCGCAUGGUUCUAGAGAACUUCUCUGAUGCCCCCAUGACGCCCAAGCAGAUCCUGCAUGUUAUUCAGACCAAGGGGCUCAAGGAAAUGAGAAGUGGCACAGCCCCUCUGGCCUGUCUGGUGACCAUGCUGCAUUCCCAGGUGAGGGGGGACAGAGUAAAAAACAGCAUCUUCUUUAAGCUUCCUGGCAGGAUGAGUCUGUUUACCUUGAAGAAGAACGCUCUGCAGUGGACCAAGAGUUCGAAGGAGGCGGAGACAGCCGAAGCCAGCACACUAGCUACUGCUAACACAGCAACAGCAGGGCCAACGGAAGGUGCGGAGCAAGAGAGCUGUGACUCCAUGGAAACAGUUGCAGCCAGUGGAGAGAACGAUGCGUCCAUAGAUGAGAGCUCGUCCAGUGCCUCAUGCUCCACAGAGCCCCAGACCAGGCUGAGUAGAUCUGGAGUCUCUGGACAGGUGCGCUCUGAGGCCCAGGCACAGACCCGACUAAGUCGAUCCAGACAGUCGAGCAGACAGAGGAAGAAGGCUGUGAUGAUGCCGCGAGUGGUCCUCACUCCACUCAAGGUCAAUGGUGAACACGUCCCAUCAGGAGCAGCGGGGAGGCGCAGGGAAGACUCUAGGGGGGGUCCAGGCCCCACGCUUCGUGCCCGCCCCGAGCUGGCUAGCUGGAAACGCCCCCAGCACUUCAAGAGCUUGCGUGGCUACCACUCAGGGCCCAUGAAGAGGAGCCGAGGCGGGGUGGAGGUGGACUUUGAAACACCUGGCUCUAUCCUGGUCAACACCAACAUCAGGGCUCUCAUCAACAUGCGUACCUUCUCUGCCUUCCCAGCCCACUCCCAACAGCAACUCCUGCAGCUCCUCCCCGAGGUUGACCGUCAGGUUGGACCUGAUGGUCUGGCUCGCCUCAGUAACUCGGCUCUCAACAAUGAAUUCUUCACUCACGCCUCCCAGAGCUGGAAGGAAAGGCUUGCUGAGGGGGAGUUCACCCAUGAGAUGCAGGUGCGAUUCCGCCAGGAGAUGGAGAAAGAGAAGAAAGUGGAGGCAUGGAAGGAGAAGUUCUUUGAGGAGUACCACGGUCAAAAGUCUGGCCUGACCCGAGAAGAGUCUCUGAAGUUGACAAUGAGCGAAGCGGCCGAUGCUGCCACCAGCGUUCUGGACAGCAAGGUGGCCUUGGUGGCGGCGGGAACGCCCAAGCGCCGCAAUGUGGGCAGGCGGAGGCGUGAUGGCAGGAUGAGACGGCGAACGCGGGCAGACUUGAGACGCAGGGCGCAACGCACCCUCUGUAAGACCAACUCCCCUACCCUGCAGUCCUCCAAGCAGCUGGAAGGCACGCUCACUUUAGAUGCAGCUUCUGUUGCCUCUGUCCCCUUGCCCGUCCCAGAGGCCACCACGGUGCAGGGAGGAGAGGUGGUGUUACAGGCCGACUGUGAACUGGAGGAUCCGGCCCAGUGUGCCUCCCUAGAGCCCGUGCCCUGCCCUUCCCCCGUGCCUGUGCUCCCGCCUGUGACCAUGCCUGUGCCCACCCCGACCCCCAGUCCCAGCCCUGUAUCUAUCAGCGCCUCCGAUGAGCCUGAAGUCACCGCCCGCCUGCUCCCUGAAGAGCCUGCACCUGCCGUCGCCUCAACCUCCUCUCCCUCCUCCUCGUCUUCCUCCUCCUCCUCCUCGUCCUCCUCCCCUUCCUCAUCUCCCUCCUCCAACUCAGAGAGACAGGGGGGGUUCACCGCCGGCUUGGAUUCUUCCUCCUCGUCCUCUUCUUCCUCCACGGCUGCUGCCACCGCUGAUCCACUGGACGACGGUGCCUCCAUGGUCACCUCAGUCACGGGGGGCACAACCACCAGCAGCCGGGAGAGCAGCCCUGCAGCCAGCCCCGCCCCCAUCAUCGCCACCUCCGCCCAGGCCGCCAAGGAGCAGAAGAGGAGGCCAGACGAGCCCCAGGCCUUCUGCAGUUUCCCCGAAAAGAGGCCGCGAAUGGAAGAUCGUCAGUCCUUUCGUACCACAAUUGACGGGGUUCACACGGAAAAGCCGCAGCCGACAGCAGAGGAGCCCAAGGUCCCACCUAUCCGGAUUCAACUCUCCCGAAUCAAACCGCCCUGGGUCAAAGGGCCGCCAACCUACCAGAUCUGUCCCCGCAUCGUGCCCCCCGGCGAGGGCUCGCGGCGCUCAGGGACGGGGGCGCGCACCCUGGCGGACAUCAAAGCCCGCGCCCAGCAGGCCCGGGCCCAGCGCGAGGCCGCUGCUGCUGUUGCAGCCACUGGGGACGGACCAGGGCCGGGCGGGGGCAGGGCUGGUGCUGGGCUACAGGAUCGCAGCAGUGGAAGACGAACGCGAGAGCACCCAGGACCCGUCGAGCCCGGAGGAGCAGGAGACGAGGAGGAGCAGGGAUCGCCUGCGGGCUCUCAUCCGCCUGGAACACAACUACAGCAGUCCAAAUUAGAGCCCUCUACCCCCACCCCCAACACAGCUGCCUCAUCCCCCUCCCUGUCCACCUCUUCCAACCCCUCCCUGUCCUUCUCUGAGCCCCCGCAGACCCCCACUCCAUCCCCAGCCACCCAGGAGGAGCGACAAGGGGAGCUGAGUGGGGAAGAGGGGACAACACCACCACCAAUCAAAGGCACAUCCAACGGACUCUCGGACAAGGCAGUGCUGCUGGAGCCUGAGUCGGUGUCCAGCCACCUCAGAGGGCGGGGUGAGGGGGACGACUGUGACAGGACAAUGACCAAAAAUGGUCCCCUGGCGCCCACCUCCAUCCCAGAUUCUCUGCCCAGGUUCGGGGCCCAGGGAGUGGAUGUGAUCAGGUCCCUGGCUGGGGGAGGAGGGGGUGUCAUCCAACAUGGUUCCCACCACGUGGGGCCACAAGAGAACCCCCCCACCCCAGCCAGAGAGGGCCAGAGCGAAAAGCAUUCGCAGCCCUCGGAGAGGGGGAGAGAUACAGCCUCCCUCCCUCGUCUCCCACCUUCAGUCAGAGAGGACGAAGCAGGGCAUCACAGCGAUUCCACGGAGACCGCCUCCGACUGCGAGAAUGAGAGCCAGGAGGAAGAGCCCCACCUGAGCAUGUGGAGCCACCGCCUGCCUGCUCAGCGCAACGGCAACAUCCAGCACCUCCAAAGGUUGUCUCAGCAGGCCCACGGCCAGCCUGUGAUCUGCAGCCCCCCUCUACAGCAGAUCCAGCAGCCGGUCAUCCAGACUCACGUGUCCAACCACCAUGGCCAUAGCCAAACGGUCAUCCAGCCCUGCUUCCCCAACGGCCUACCCAGCCAGAGUCUCAUACAGCCAGGCCAAAAGCAGCCGCAGCCUGAAUGCACUCCCCACCCAGACCAACAGACUCUUGCUGCGCCACACUCUCAAACCCAGAGGGGGCACAAAACGGACCCAAUGGAUGACUACAAAGCGUCCAGCCGGGGCUCGGCUGAGGAGAACUGUAGGCUGGGGCUGAAGCCUUCUCCCAUGCACCCCACCGCUGGCUCCAAGAGGCUCCCUAGUUCGGCCCGGCCUGUGUCCACAGUGGAGGCCAACAAUCCUCUGGUCACCCAGCUGCUUCAAGGCAGCCUCCCAAUGGAGAAAGUCCUGCCGCAGACGCACUCGUCCAGCAAGCUAGAGAUCAACCGCCUGCCAGGGGGGCCCCAGCCAGCCCCCCAGUCCCAGCUCAACUGGCAGCAACAGACCAGGUCUCCGGGCCUUCGCUUCAGGGGCCCCACAGAGGCCCAUACGGGGGAGUCCCUGGUCCCUGAGUUGUCCUCUCAGAACCAGCAGAAGUCCCCUGUUGGCCGAGGAGGCUCCCCUGGAGCAAGCCGGAGCUUCGGGUCCUCUCCCCUGGGCACAGUGCCCUCCCGCAUGGCCUGCCUGCUGGAGGAGGCCUCCUCUCGGGCCACAGCCAUGCAGCAGUACCUGUCCCAGCAGCCAGGUGGCUCUGUGCCCCUCGGGGCCGUGCCCGUCAUCACAUCCCUCUCUUCAUCCUCUUCCUCCAGACGGAACUCCCAAGAGUCGGCCGUUAUCAGAGAGUCUCCAGAGAGGCGGCACCACAACAACAUUGCUCAGCCCCGGGCCACCCCCGACCUCUGCCCCUCUGAGGUGGUCCCCACUGUCAAGAUAAACUGGCACCCUUCCAAACCCCACCCCCUGCACCAACAGCAGCUCUCGCCCGCACUCAACGUGAAGAGCGAGGUUUCCUCCCGGCCCUCUUGUCAAGCUCUUGCCAAAACCUCCUCCUCUGGCCCCAUGGUAGGUGGUGGGCCAGGUGUGGUGGUCACCAAAAAGGAGGCAGUGAACUCUAUGGACGGUUACCUGACUGGAGGAGGCGGGGCUAUGGAGGGACUGCUGAACAUGGAGAUGUCUUUAGCCCGCAUGGCUAAGAAGGAGGCGCAAAGCAAAGCUCAAUACUCUUCCACCUCCCCCUCUUCAUCUUCAAUCUCCUCCCUCCCUUUCCAGCUCUACGGUAAGCUGCCCAAGCAGGGCGGGGGCAGCGGUGUGUCGGCCCCCGGCUUCAGCUACACGGCCAACGUGUCUGUGGUAGACGGCAGCGGCUUCUCGAGGAGCAUCGCCGAUGGUGUCCUACAGCUGCGUCAGCGCCACAGUGCCAGCCAGAGCGCCACGCUCAGCAUCCAGGCGUUUGCAGACAGCGCCGCUGAGGAGGUGGCCCUCAAGUGCUCCUGCCGCCUCAAGGCCAUGAUCAUGUGCCAGGGCUGCGGGGCCUUCUGCCACGACGACUGCAUCGGCCCCUCCAAACUGUGUGUAUCCUGCUUGGUGGUCAGAUAGGCGCUUUCUCUGACGUUGCUACAGUGUUGGUGGUUUGGUGUGCCACCUUCAGCAUACCUGCUCCAUGUAUAAACUGUUAACUAACCUAACACACCCAGGACUUGUGAGAGAAACAAGGGUGUGGGACUUAAGGCUUCGACAAGUUCCACCCUCGGAAGAGGGUGGAACACAGGCAGGGUGAUGCCUUGUAUUAUACAAUCGGUCUGUAUUUUUUGUUGCUUAUUUUUUCUAAUGCCUUUAUGAUUAUUAUUUUGUAUUAUAAUUAUUAAUGUGAAUUUACUUGGCACGGUUGAUUUGUAAAUUGUGCCUUUUUUCUUUUCUCCAAAAAACAUUUACCUCAUCUUGACACCUGUCAUCAGUUCAGUGUGAAAAUGGUGGCUGUUUUGUUAUUGUUUUUGUUUUCCUCUCUGGGGAAUUUGUUCUAGUCUUUCUUGCAAAUAAAUAUUUUUUUAAAUCAUUAAAGCAAGCAUAAAUUA